UACUCCAUUUCCAGACAGACCUAACUCUGCGGUUAAGCUCCCAGCCGGCUCCGUCGAGCGUCCCAUCCUAUGGUCUCAUGCCUGGGCUGCGCCAUCGACCCACUCCCCCAACGGAGGCUCGUCCUUGGCCCGCGCGACGCCCUCCGCCUCCUCAACCAGUCCAAAAACCCAAAACAGCUCAAACAGCUCCACGCCCGGAUCCUCCGCGCCGGCCUCUCUCGCGACCCCGCUGUCCUUGCCGCGCUCCUCCGCCUCUACUCCUCCCACCGCCGCCUCGACCUCGCCUCCCGACUCUUCUCCGCCUUCCCCCACCCUCCCACCAUCGCCUGGAACCUCAUGAUCCGCGCCCACGCCGCCGCCGACGCCCCACGCGAAGCCCUCCUCCACUACAAUCGCAUGAUCGCUAGCGGCGUCCGCCCCGAUAAAUUCACCUUCCCCUUCGCCGUCAAGGCGUGCUCGAGCCUCUCCAACGUCCUGAAGGGCAAGGAGGUCCACGCCUUCGCCAUCAAGUUGGGGUUUUUCCUCGACCCAUUCGUACAAAACGCCCUGAUUCAUCUCUAUCUCACCUGCGGUGAUUCAGAGUCCGGGAGGAAGGUGUUCGAUGGAAUGCGUGCAAAGAGCGUCGUGUCCUGGACGGCUUUGAUCUCGGGCCUCGUGGCGUGUGGGAACAUGGAGGCCGCGAGAGCCGUCUUUGAUGCGGCACCGGUUCGGAACGUGGUGACCUGGACGGCCAUGAUCGAUGGAUGCGCGAGGAACGGGCGAGCGGAUGAGGCGUUCGAGCUGUUCCAACGGAUGCUGGAGGACGGCGCGAGGCCGAAUGAGUUCACGGUGGUGGCACUGUCGAUAGCCUGCACCGAACUAGGAUGCCUGAGCUUGGGUCGCUGGGUUCAUGAAUUGGCUCGUAAGAAUGGCGGUCUUGAGAGGAGCGUCUAUGUGGGCACGGCGCUUGUAGACAUGUACAGCAAAUGUGGGAGCUUGGAGGAUGCGGCGAGGGUGUUUGGUCAAAUGCGCAACCGGAGCUCGGCAACCUGGAACUCGAUGAUCACUAGCCUGGGGGUACACGGGCGUGGAAAGGAGGCAGUCGCUGUAUUUCGGGAGAUGGGGAGGACGAAUGUGAAGCCGGAUGGGAUCACCUUUGUGGGUGUGUUGAGUGCUUGCGCAAGGGAGGGUAUGGUCGAAGAGGGUUUUAGGCUUUUCGCACACAUGGUCGAGCGUUAUGGCAUUGCUCCGCUUUUCGAGCAUUAUAGCUGUCUUGCACAGCUUCUGGGCUGCGCCAAUAGUUCGAAUGGGGGAGUUGAGAUGGUUAAGAAUCUGAUGUCCAAGUUUGAUGCUAGGGCACGGCAGAUGGUGUUAGAAGCGUGCAGAAUGAACGGAAAUGUGAGGCUCGAGGAAGUUUUGGGCAACGGUAUACGUGACUUGGAGUUGUCUGAUGGCAGUGUAGGCUUAACCCCAAUAGAAUGUCGAUCCAUUGAGCGGGAAGUGGGAUAGAACAUAGACGUAAGCGCUGUAGGAGCUCUUAAUGGAUGGCAGAAUUUUAGAAGAAAGACUCGACAGCUACAUUACCAGCAGACGACCAUCAAAAGGUUUGUGGAUGAUGGACUGGAUGGUUGGGAAAAUUAUUUGAGAGUAAUUUGGAAGACCAGAUGCCAAUCUGAAAAAUGUGGACAGGUGUUUACAGCCGGUUUUCAUCCAUUUCAGGAUGUGGAGUUGGUCAGGAAGAUGCGGUUUGUAAGAGAGAGUUUCAAGCUAAAGUGAUGAAAGCGAAAGGCAGAAAGAGUUUCAACCUCAGCUUGAUAGGUGACAUUCUUUGUUGCAUCCCUAUAAGAUCAAAAAAAAAAAAACAUAUAAGAGGAAAUAUCUGACGUGGUAGGCCUCGCCUGAAACUUCCAUUUAUUCUGAAUCUCUCAUUCCAGGAAGAUGAACCAUGUUUCUGCAAGCAAAUGAAAGUACUCUAUUCCAUGCUCUUUUUGGCUGCCAGGUUUACCACCAUCCUAGUAUCAUUCUCGAUAUGAAUCAAUUGCCCGCUACCCAUCCGUGCUACUCUCAUAGUGUUUAAUGGAGCUCACGUAGCAGCCCUUGCAGCAUCCUUGCCUGAUUCAAGAUUUGGACGGUCCUGGUUCAUGUCUAAUGGGCGUACUACUUGAGAUAUCCAGCUAAAGCACAUAGACCCCGAUUGGAUUGGGGACCCUGGAGUUCUUAGACCUCCAAAAACUGACAUAUUCUCUUAGGAAAGUAUCGGAAGUGAAAUAAGGAACGCGUGCUUAAUUAACUAAGCCUUCAUCAAUAGCUUGCUCAUCUGGUAGUCAUUUAGGCCGUCCCCUCCAACGUGUGCCCAACAGGUGAAUAAAUCCACUAGAUCUUGCUACAUGCUAUGUCUCCAUUUGCAACUAUAGCUACAGGCCGCAACAAAUGCUGCACCAGCCAAUUUGAAUUUGACCAUCCAAAGUCUCAGCUCAUCCUCAGCCGAACAUGCUUUAUCCUGAUGGGUUAUGCGAGCACAUAAUGUCAUAUCUGGUUGGUUUAUCUUGGUGUAGGACCUCACCAGUUACACCAGCCAAAACAUAUCGAUUAGCUUAAAUUAUUGUUGGAAUUGUUACGAUGGCGCUACUUUGGCAGCUCCCUCUUUCCUGCCCACAUGGCGUAUUUUAAGUGAUGGACCGCAUAUACAGCCAUCCAAUCAGCCGCCCCGUUGGCCCUCUCUGAAUACAUGCUUGGCCUCAAAGGCCACACCAUUCCUCACCCUCAUUCUAAUAUCCCGGAUCAGAGGGUGGUGAGUGGUGGUCUCCGCCGAAUCCAUGCACACACGCACAAACAGAGCAAGGUAUGAGCCAUUGAACAGUCUGUUCUGUAGAAUCACAAUAUUCAGGCCUGGUCGAGUACUGAUUCCAUCAUCCUUUGGACGCUAGCACCGGCUUUACUCCGUACCUCCAUUAUUUACAUGCUUCGGAUUAUCAGACAUAUAUAGGCACGCAAAAGGCCCGUAUUCUUUGCUCAGGUGCUAGAUAAAUUUGAAUACAACACUACACGUGAAUGAUGGGCGAAUAAUCUAUUGAGAUAUAUAAAUAUGAAUUUGAAUACAAGAGUGAAUGAUAGAUGAAUAGCCACGCCCAAAAUUCGUUCGUACAAGCACUUAAUCUUUCACCAGCAAGAAGAAAAUGAAUAGCUUUUCCAUCCCUCCUAAAAUUUCUUUCAAGUUGGCAUCUGUAGGGACCUGGACUGAGCUCAGAUCAACUUUUCAACCACCAUUACAAAAAUGCAUUUGUGAAUGAGUACAUGAAAAUCUUUAAACAUCAACAUAUAAUAUAUUUCAGGACAGCUAGAGGUCAAAAUAUCAACCUAACAUCCGUUUAUCAUUUACCUAAAAGGUAUGUCCUUUAUCAUUUACCUAACCUUCAUUUCAAAAGAUCACCUUAGAGAAAAUAAAAACAAUGAUCAACCAAUCGAGUAUUGUAUAAAAUAGAUAAUCAGUCUAAAAGUUUCAAACAACACCAUCCCUCUCUGCCCAAAAAUGCAAUAUAUUUUAAUGAUAGGGAUCUCUCUCCAUCCAUUACAUUUAGACUCUUUAGUAAUGAGGAAAAAAA